AUGAACGGAAGAAAAGAAUCUAGAAUGGUUAGUGAAGGAGAAAGAGUUGCAAUAAUUGGAUCAGGAAAUUGGGGAACGGUAAUUGCCAGAAUAGUAGGGGACAAUGUAAAGAGACAUAAAGGAUUUGAUUCACAAGUUAGAAUGUGGGUAUAUGAAGAGAUAAUCCAAGGCAGGAAAUUGACAGAUAUAAUUAAUGAAGAUCACGAGAAUGUUAAAUAUCUUCCUGAUUAUAAAAUUCCUGAAAAUGUAGUAGCAAAACCCGAAUUAUUGGACACAAUUGAUAAUGCUACGUUUGUUCACGAAGUAUGUAUGCGGAUUCGAGGCAGAGUACAUCCUAAAGCCAAGGCAAUAACUUUAAUCAAAGGAUUUGACGUAUCAGAAACCGGUAUUCUGCCAGUAUCAGAGACAAUUAAAGACAAACUUUGUAUACCAGUUUGUACGUUGAGUGGAGCCAAUAUUGCUAAUGAAAUAGCUGCACAGAAUUUUUCAGAGACAACAAUUGGGUGUUCCGUUCUUGAGGAAGGGCAACUAUUUCAAAAAAUAUUUGAAACAGAUUAUUUUCGAGUUGGUAUAAUUGAGGAUGUUACUGGUGUGGAAUUAUGUGGAGCAUUGAAAAAUGUUAUCGCGAUAGGAGCAGGAAUAGUUGAUGGAUUGAAAAUGGGCGAGAAUGCAAAGGCGGCGAUAAUUAGAGUGGGAUUUUUGGAGAUGAAGAAGUUUAUUCAAAUGUUUUAUCAUGGUGUUAAAGAAGAAACGUUUUUUGAGAGUUGUGGAAUUGCCGAUGUGAUUGCUACUUGUUAUGGAGGCAGGAAUAGGAAAGUUGCUGAGGCUCAUGUUUUAACUGGGAAGUCAUUCGAAGAAUUAGAAAAUGAAUUAUUGAAUGGACAAAAAUUACAAGGAACUUUGACUGCAAAAGAAUUAUACAUGGUAUUGAGUCGUAAAAAAUUGGAAAGCGAAUUUAAAUUAUUUACCACGAUUUAUCGAAUCGCUUAUGAAAAUUUACCUCCUGAAAAAAUUGCUCAGGAUAUUUAA